CGAACAUGGAAGCAGAAAGAACAUGGAGAAAGUAAUGUAAGAGAGAACGCAAAAAAAAAAAAAAAUCAAUAGAUUUCAAAUUCAAACGCUCAAAUUCUUUAAUUUUGCUCCACCAAAUCCGAUGAAAUUCAAAACCCAGCUUUAAAAUUCCUAUCUUUUCAAUACCCAGACCCCAAUUUUGAUUAAAUUCCCCUCAUUGAAGUUGCUCUUUUUGCUUCAUUAUUAGUCGCUCUUUAUCUUCCAGUUCCCAAAAUUUGGAGCGAACCAAAAUCCAAGAUUUUUUCCUCAAUUUCUCAAUCUGGUAUUCUUCAAAAUCAUGGGAAUCCAAAAUGACAUAGUGAUGUUCAACGUAGGUGGAAGAAUCUUUGAAACGACAGCCACAACACUUGCAAACGCAGGCCGUGAUACGUUCUUCGGUGCAUUAUUCGACGACGAUUGGGACUUACGACAGCAGCAGAACCAAGAAUUCUUCAUCGAUCGGAACCCGGACUGUUUCGCCGUACUACUCGAUCUUCUCCGCAACGGAGAUCUCUGCAUCCCUCCCAAUGUCCCCGAAAGGCUUCUUUACAGAGAAGCCAUGUUUUAUGGGUUAAUUAACCAUGUUCGUAUGGCAAAGCUUGGUCCUUUUGAUGGUAACAGGCUAAAUCUAUCGAAAUCAGUAACGGGUGGAGCCCCGGGGGAUGGAACCGCCAUACGAGCCGGUCCGGACGGCGGCUGCUGCGUGGCUCACGGUAGCAUGGUCCAUGUUUUUGAUUGGAUGUUAGAAGAACACCCGCCACUCAACCUUGAUUACCAGAGGGUCAACGACAUAGGUUGGGUCAACGCUGAGAAUGUCUUGAUAAGUGCUUGUGAAAGGCUGGGGAAAGGAGAUGGUGGUAUGGGAUUGUUUAGUUCGUACACUGGUGAUUUAAGGUACAAGUUUAAUGUUGUCCAUGAUGAUCAAAUCAAGAGUUACACCGCUUGUGCUUUGAGUUUCAGCCCUGAUUUUAAUAUAUUUGCAAGUUGUAAAGGGAGGAGCAAUGAAUAUGGUAUCGGAGUUUGGGACCAAGUUACCGGCAAACAGAUUGAUUUCUUCUACGAAAGUCCGGGUUGGUCACUCGGCGAAGCCGAUAAACUCCAAUGGCUAAAUGGGACAAACUGUUUGCUAGUCGCCACUUUGUUUCCCAGGAAAGAUAACUGUUACAUCAGUUUACUUGAUUUCAGACGGAAGACAAUGGUUUGGUCUUGGUCCGACAUCAGUGCUCCUUUAACCGUUGAUGAAAAACGUGUGAGGGAUGCCAUUGCAAUGGAGGAAUGCAACUCGGUGUGUGUCGUUAAUGAGUACGAGGAUUUGGGGUUUAUUGAUUUGAGGUUCAACGGGGGAAGUGUAAGGUGGAGUUCAAGGAGUAGGCUGAUGAAAGGGAAGAUGCCGGAUGAGCCUUGUUAUCCGAAACUGGCUUUGCAUAAUGGGCAGUUGUUUUCGUCAAUGAACGAUUGCAUCUCGGUGUUUUGUGGACCUGAUUGGGUCUUGACAUCUAGGCUUCGAAGGAGUUAUGGCGGUUCGAUAUGUGAUUUCUCGAUAGGCGGUGAUCGGCUCUUUGCACUUCAUAGCGAGGAUAAUGUGUUUGACAUAUGGGAAACUCCGCCAGUGCCGGUUAUAUGAUUCAGGUCAUAGUUUCAUUGCUGGAGCAGUGCUUUAAUGGUCAUUUAAGUUAUGAGGUAGUUGGACAUGGAGGAUCAACUCAUAGUUGCAGCAAAUAUUAUAGGUUUAGGCAAAAAGAUUUGAGGGUGAUAUUUAAAGUUAUGUUUUGUAUGUAUAGUUUGCUUGCUAUUUCAAAGAAAUGAAAUUGAUUGCUA